AUGUGUGGUAUCAUCGCCGUUAUCCACGCCGACCCCGCGUCCACCUCGGCCGCCGUCGAGAUCCACGAUGCCCUAUACCUGCUCCAGCACCGAGGCCAGGACGCCUGCGGUAUAGCUACCUGUGCGGCCGGUGGUCGCUUCUAUCAGUGCAAGGGCAACGGCAUGGCGUCCAGGGUGUUCCACGACGGCUCGAGGGUUGCGGAUCUGCCCGGCUUCAUGGGCCUGGGUCACCUCCGCUACCCUACCGCUGGCAGCAGCGCCAACUCUGAGGCCCAGCCCUUCUACGUCAACAGCCCGUACGGCAUCUGCAUGACCCACAAUGGCAACCUCAUCAACGCCCCCGAGCUCAGGCAGUUCCUUGACCAGGAGGCCCACCGCCACAUCAACACCGAGAGCGACAGCGAGCUUAUGCUCAAUUGCUUUGCCAAUGAGCUCAACGAGACUGGCAAGGCUCGUGUCAACGCCGAGGACUGCUUCAGUGCUCUGAUGAGGAUGUACAAGCGCUGCGUCGGUGGCUGGGCCUGCACUGCCAUGCUUGCGGGUUUCGGUCUCAUUGGCUUCCGUGACCCGUACGGUAUUCGUCCCAUGGUCUUGGGAUCCAAGCCUUCAGAAUCCGGUCAUGGGACCGACUACAUGAUGGCCUCUGAGUCUGUUGCUCUCACGCAGUGCGGUUACACCACCUUCCAGGAUAUCCUCCCUGGUCAGGCAGUCAUCAUUGAGAAGGGCAAAGAGCCCAUCUUCCGUCAGGUCCAUCCUCAGCUUGGCUACACCCCCGACAUCUUCGAGUAUGUCUAUUUUGCUCGCCCUGACUCGGUCAUGGAUGGCAUCGACGUCGACGAGAGCCGUCGGAGGAUGGGUUACAAGCUUGCUGAGACCAUCAAGAACGAGCUCGGGCCCGAGGGUCUCGCAGAGGUUGAUUGCAUUAUGCCCAUCCCUGAAACUGCCAUUACCUCUGCUCUGUGUGUCUCCGCCGGUCUGAAGAAGCGCUACGUUCAAGGUUUCGUGAAGAACCGAUACAUCUUCCGCACCUUCAUCAUGCCCACCCAGAAGCUGCGCCAAAAGGGUGUCCGCGCAAAGCUCAAUGCCAAGCCGUCUGAUUUCAAGGACAAAGUGGUUGUUCUUGUGGACGACAGUAUCGUCAGAGGCACUACAAGUCGUGAGAUCGUCCAGAUGGCCAGGGAAGCCGGCGCUAAGAAGGUCAUCUUCACCAGCUGCGCCCCGCCCAUCACCAACGCACACAUCUACGGUAUCGACCUUGCUUCGACGUCCGAGCUGAUCGCCUACAACCGUUCUUCGCCCGAGAUUGCCAAGAAGAUCGGAGCGGACGCAGUCAUCUAUCAGACUCUGGAUGACCUGGAGGCUGCUUGCGCUUCUCUAUCGCCUCGCGACCCUGCAACCCAGAAAUUCGAGGUCGGUGUCUUCUGUGGCAAGUACGUCACUCCUGUGGAUGACGACUACUUCCGCCGGCUUGAGCGCAUUCGUGGCGAGAGUAGAAAAUUGAAGGUUAUGGAGAGCGCCAGGCAAGCUGUGAUGCACGGUGCGGCAACUGAAAGCCAAGUUCGAAUGGCGGCCAAGGGAGUCGAAGUUGACAGGCAUGGCAACGUCAUUCCCGCGGAAGAAGAUAGCCCGAUAAACGGCCAUGCCGACAUCGGUAGUGGUGGCACUGGCCGCCCCGGCGACUUUGAAAGGAGAUCCACGGAUGAGUCGCAAACCCGUAUCAGAGAGACGCAAGACAUGAGUUUGCACAACAUCAACGAUCACCAAUAG